AUGGCGCCCAAAAAGGGAGGCAAUGAGCCAGCGAAGAAAAAGACGACCGUGGAGGACAAGACUUUUGGUAUGAAAAACAAAAAGGGUGGUGCCGCACAAAGACACAUCAAGCAAAUCGCUGCUUCUACCACUGGCGGCAAGUCGCCCGAGGAAAGGAAGAAGGAAGCGGACAAGCUCCAGCGAGAGAAAGAAAAGGCUGCUGCGGAUGCUGCAGCUCGGGAGACUGCGGAACUGUUCAAACCAGUCCAAAUCCAAAAAGUGCCGUUUGGAGUGGAUCCCAAAACCAUUCUGUGCCAAUUCUUCAAGAAGGGACACUGUGACAAGGGACGAAAAUGCAAAUUCAGCCACGAUCUCGAUGUGGAGCGAAAGCAGGAGAAGAGGUCACUAUACACAGAUACGCGAGAAGGCGAGGGUGAAGGCGACGAGAAAAAGAAGGAUGACAUGUCAACUUGGGACGAGGAGAAGCUACGAAGUGUGGUUAUGAGUAAGCACGGCAAUCCGAAGACCACGACAGACAAGGUCUGUAAAUUCUUCAUUGAGGCUGUCGAGAAUCAAAAGUACGGUUGGUUCUGGACAUGCCCCAAUGGAGGUGAUCAGUGCAUGUACAGACAUUCGCUGCCACCUGGUUUCGUGCUCAAGACCAAGGAACAACGCGCAGCAGAAAAGGCUCUUAUGGACAAGUCACCUAUGGCCACUCUCACCUUGGAGGACUUCUUGGAGAGUGAAAGACAUAAACUUACUGGCACCCUCACACCUGUCACACCCGAAAGUUUCGCAAAAUGGAAGAAGGAGCGCUUAGAUAAGAAGGCCGCGGAGGCAGAGGCACAGAAAUUGAAGGAAGCCACCGGUAAAGCCCUCUUUGAGAAGGGAGACUGGCAAGGCAGUGAUGAUGAAGGCGAUGAUGACGAACCUGGUGCCUGGAACUUGGAAGCAUUGCGACGCGAAACCGAAGCAGCCCGGCAGAGGAAGGAAGAAGAACGAUUGGCAGAAGCUGCCGGCGGCACAGUCGGGGCCGGCGAGGAAGGUACCUCGAAUGGGUUCGGCGGUCAUGAAUAA